UCCCGCAGCGGCGCGGUGACGUGGCGGCGCGGGCCAGUGACAGUUGCCAGCGGAGGCGCUGCCACCUCUUUCUCGCGCGGACCAGCAGCGCCGGCAGAUACGUAACCACGCACCUGAAGCCAAUAAUGUUUUCCAAACUGGCCCACUCACAAACCUUGUCUCUCCUACAUCGUGGUUUUCAUGCUUCAGUGAGUUCAACUGCAUCUAUCGCAACCAAAAAAACUAUCCAAGGACCUCCAUCUUCUGAGUAUAUAUUUGAACGUGAGGCUAAAUAUGGUGCACACAACUAUCAUCCUCUACCUGUUGCUCUAGAAAAAGGAAAAGGCAUUUACAUGUGGGAUGUUGAAGGCAGAAAAUAUUUUGACUUCUUGAGCGCUUACAGUGCUGUCAAUCAAGGUCACUGUCAUCCAAAGAUUGUGGAUGCUCUGAAAUCUCAAGCUGAGAAACUGACCCUUACCUCCAGAGCAUUCUACAAUGAUGUGCUUGGUGAAUAUGAAGAGUACGUCACAAAAAUGUUCAACUACAAUAAAGUUCUUCCAAUGAACACAGGAGUGGAAGCAGGAGAAACUGCCUGUAAACUGGCUCGUAAGUGGGCAUAUACUGUUAAGGGAAUUCCAAAAUACAAAGCAAAGAUUCUUUUUGCAGCUGGUAACUUCUGGGGCCGAACACUGUCUGCCAUUUCUAGCUCUACAGACCCAUCCAGUUAUGAAGGGUUUGGACCAUUUAUGCCAGGGUUUGAAAUAAUACCAUACAAUGACCUACCAGCUCUUGAGCGUGCUCUUCAGGAUCCCAAUGUAGCAGCUUUCAUGGCUGAACCAGUUCAAGGUGAAGCAGGUGUGGUUGUCCCUGAUGAAGGUUACCUUACAGGAGUGCGAGAGCUGUGCACAAAACACAAUGUUCUCUUUAUUGCUGAUGAAAUACAAACUGGUUUAGCUAGAACUGGGAAAAUGCUGGCUGUUGACCAUGAAAAUGUGAGACCUGAUCUAAUCCUUCUUGGAAAGGCUCUGUCUGGUGGCUUAUAUCCCGUAUCAGCAGUACUAUGUGACGAUGAAGUUAUGCUGUCUAUUAAGCCUGGUGAACAUGGCUCUACUUAUGGAGGAAAUCCAUUAGCUUGCCGUGUGGCUGUGGCAGCACUUGAGGUAAUAGAAGAAGAAGGCUUAGCUAAAAAUGCAGAAGCAAUGGGUAUCUUAUUGAGAAGUGAACUCAUGAAGACACCAUCAGACAUUGUGACCUGUGUGAGAGGGAAAGGAUUAUUAAAUGCCAUUGUUAUUCGUCAAACUAAAGACUACGAUGCCUGGAAAGUGUGUCUGCGGCUUCGUGAUAAUGGACUUCUUGCCAAACCCACACACGGUGACAUCAUCAGACUAGCACCUCCACUUGUGAUCAAGGAGGAUGAAAUCAGGGAGUGCAUUGAAAUAAUUCACAAGACCAUUCUGUCUUUCUGAAGACACCAUAUUUUAAAUGUAUUUGCUAGUUGGCCCAAGGUGCUGUGCGUGGAAAAAAGUGGUCUAUGAAGGCCUGCUCUUGAAGCAAGCAUCAUCCACUCCCUUAAUCCAAAAGGAUUUAACUCUUCCAAAAAUUAGUCAUGUUUAGGCCUUUAAAUUAUAAUGGAUUGGAAAAAGGCAUAUUGUGACUCCGAAGAGCUUCCAACCUCUGGCAACUAUUUGGAAACAAAGUGGUGAUACUAUAUUUAGUGUAUCAUGUAUUACAUACUUCAAGUCAAACUGCCUGGCAGGAACCUGUAUGUAGAUGCCUUUUUAAUUGCUGAAAGUUUCAGUCAAAGCUUAAAGCAUAAUUUAUGUAUAUUUUAAUAAGAAUAAAAUGGUGCCCUCGUAAAACUACA